AUGCAAGCUAGAGUUGAUCUGAACAUACUCAAAAGAGACCCAGCUGAGAGACAAAAAAUUUCAAGUUAUCAUCCAAAUGAUAGAAUUGAAAUACGAAGAACUUAUCUUAUGAAAGGGGGGCAAGGUGGUGGCAAAGCAUUUGUUACUAAGGGUUUUAACCAAUGGGAUAAACAAUAUCAACUUCAAACUCAUGUUGGAAAUAUUGGUAGUGUAUAUAAUUUAUGUUUGAGAGCAAGUGAACUUUUGAUGAAACUCAAUCAAUCUAUUGUAACAGCUUUAGCAGUUCAAUCUAAAGAGAUUGAUAAUAUCUUCUACACCAGGGAUUAUUAUUUUGUGGUCAUGAUGAAAGUCAGGGGUCUUCAAAUAGACGAAAUUUUCGUGAACUUUUACAAUUUUUGGCUGAUCACAAUGAAGAUUAUCUUGAGUAAUGCUCCCAGAAAUCAACAAAUGGUAUCCCCUAAGGUUCAAAAAGAUCUUGUUAGUGCUGCAGCAAAGGAAAUGAUAAAAGCUAUCAUUAAAGUACUUAAUAAUGAUGUUUUCGGUAUUUUAGUUGACGAGUUUCGUGAUAUAUCUAAGAAAGAACAAAUGGAAAUUACUUUCCGUUUUGUUGAUAAAGAAGGGACGAUUAGAAAACAAUUUCUUGGCAUUACUCAUGUGAAAAAUACUUGUUCUUCCACUCUUAAAGAGGGUAUUAAUCUUGUUCUUUCUGAACACGGGUUGAGUAUCUCAAAUAUUAGAGGUCAAGGAUAUGAUGGAGCAAGCAAUAUGCAAGGUGAGUUUAAUGGUCUUAAAACCAUGAUUAUGAGAGAAAAUAGCUCAGCCAAUUAUGUUCAUUGUUUUACUCAUGAACUUCAACUUACCCUUGUUGCCGUUGCAAAAAAUCACCCUGAAAUUGCUUGUUUCUUCAAUUGGACGGAGUUGAACAAUCGUUUCAAUGAAAAGAAUUUGGAAUUCCUUCGUUCCAUAGCUUGUUUUAGCCCUCUUGAUUCGUUUCAUGCUUUUGAUCUUGAUAGGCUGGUAAUGUUGGAACUUGAACAUAAAUUUAAGAUUUACAUUUCAGAUAUGCGAGAUGAUGAUCGUUUUGCUAACUUUGGUACUACCCAUGGCAACAGCUACAGUGGAGAGAGCUUUUUCAGCAAUGAAUAUCGUAAAGAAAAAAUUGCAAAAUGA